AUGAAUAACGUAGAUUCAACUAAGGAAGAAGUAGAACUCGAAGAAUUUCUUGAAUCAGAAAAUUUGUUUCAAUUAGUUCGAGGAGUACCAAGAGAAGUAUCUAACACUUGUUUAGAUUUAAUUAUUACCCGGAAUCCAUCAUUUAUUAAUGAUGCAGUAAUUCAACCAAAGUUAGAUAGAAGUGAUCACAGUUUCAUUGAAUUUAAAAUGAAUAAGCUUUCUUGUAAAGGUAGAAGAGUGAGAACUGUUUAUGAUUAUGGUGUGGUAAAUUGGGAACAAGUGAUUGCAAGAUUUUUAGAUAUUCCCGUAGAACGACUCUUGAAAAAUUACAAUAGCCUCAACGAGGAAGUGCAAGCUUUUGAGGAAAUUUUACUUGAGCAUGUUAAAACCUACGUUCCAAGUAAGGAAAUAGUGAUAAAAUUACGAGAUAAAGUCUGGUUUAAUGAUGAGUUGAGAAUCCUUUAUAAAAAGAAAUUAAAAUUCUAUCGUAAAAGAAACAAUUCAAUAUAUCAUUUACAACUAUAUCAUGAAAUAGCAAAGAAAUUUAAAAAAGCAUGUGAAUCUACUAAAGAAAACUAUUUUAAAAGAAUUAAUGACACAGUCUGUGCUUCUUCGAAAAAUUGGUGGAGAUUAAUUAAAUACAAACUAGGUAGAGAAAGAAAUAGUACAAUACCAGCUUUAGUGGAAAUGCCGGAAGUAGAAGCCACUCUACGAAGUCUUUAUCCAAAUCGUGCUUGUGCAUCGGAAAUAAUCAAUAGAAUGAUAAAAAAUAUGACUCCGGCUAUCAUGAAACCAUUGACUAAGCUAAUUUAUGAGUCAUUUGAAACUGGUGUGUUUCCUAAGUGCUGGAAAAAUGGUUUAAUAACUUCAGUGUAUAAAAGUGGUAAUAAUUUAGACCGAUCAAAUUAUCGACCUAUCACACUAUCAAAAGCAUUGUCAAAAAUUCCAGAACGGUUAGGGCACCGACAGUUAUAUCGUCACUUAAUUAAUACUAAAUUAUUGUCCGCUUCACAAUCUGAAUUUAUAGCAAAGGAUAGUAGAACUUAUGUGUUGUUAGAUGUUAUUAAUAAGAUAAAUACUGGGGUUAAAGACGAUAAGUUGGUCCCAUGUACUUUACUGGAUUUUAAAAAAGCAUUUGAUAAUGUAAAUCAUGAAUGUUUGUUAGUGAAGUUGUAUAAAAAAGGAGUAAGAGGUCAAGCACUAAAAUGGAUAGAAAAUUAUUUAAAAGAUCGAAUAGUACAGACUAUUUUAGAUGGUUGUACUUCAAAAAAAUGUUCAGUUACUAAAGGAGUGCCCCAAGGCUCAAUCUUGGGACCACUCUUAUUUCUUGUCUAUAUAGAUGACAUAACAAAUGAUAUAGAAAGUAAUAUCAAUCUCUUUGCGGACGAUGUAAUACUAUUUAAUCACAAAAAAGAUCCGUUAGAAAGCAUUACAAUAUUAAACAGAGAUUUGAAAAAAGUACAGGAGUGA